AGCAACGUUAAAUGUCUCCUAGACGCCCAGGCGGCGAUCCUGACCCACGAGCAGCCGCUGGGCUCGGACUUGCAGAACACUGGUUCGGACGACAUGUCGGCCUCCAUGACGAGGACGCCUGCGCCUUGUGAAUCCUCAUCUGGCGGACAGAGCCCACCCCUCGAGAUCUCCCUGGCGCGCCUUGACCCGGGCACCCAGAAGAAGCCGGCAUCUUUUGCCGGCAUUGUUGCAGCACAUCGUGCCAGCCAGCAGGCUGUCAGUGAUCAAUCGGACGACUAUGACGAGAGCGCCAUCGACGAUGACGACUCGGACUCAGAUUGGCACUCGAUCAAGAGCAGCGAGUCCAGCCAAGACGACCGGAUAACAUUCACGCGUAUUCCCUCCAAGUCCGCCCUCACGUCUCAGCAAUCCCUUAUCAGCCUCAUGUUCGCGGGACAGCGCCAGGGUACUAAGGCCUCCAGCAGCCAUACGUCGCAGUCGACAGCUGCGAUACCCCAGCGCUCGCGGACCAUGCAGGCCAUGCCGACCAUGACCAGCUCUCCCAACGACUCUGACGAGGGUCUCCAGAUGAAGAAGGGCAUGCGCCCGCCUCAGCUGAAGCGCGUCAACGAGAUCCUUCGAUCCCCUGCACAACCCAUCACCGCCCAUACGCAGCCUAUCUGCCCGCGUGUGCCUCCCAAGUCCAACUUGACUGCACAGCGAUUUCUUAUCAGGCUCAUGUCCGCGGGACAGGACCAAUGCACUAAGGCCCUCAGCAGCCAUGCGUCCCAGCCGACACCUGGGAUACCCCAACGCUCGCGGACCAUACAGAACAUGUCAACUAUGGCCAAGGCCCCCAGCGACUCUGACAAUGGUCUUCAGAUGAAGAAGGGCAUGCGCCCGCCUCAGCUGAAGCGCAUCAACGAGAUCCUUCGAUCCACUACACAGCCCAUCACCGCCCAUACGCAGCCCAUCACCGCCCAUACGCAGCCCAUCACCGUCCAUGUACAGCCCGUCACCGCACAGCAAUCUCUUCUCAGCCUCAUAUUCCCGCGUGGAGGCCAAGGCACAGCCGCUUCCAACAGCCACGCCUCACAGCAGACGCAUGAUUCACCUCAGCGCUCGCGAACGACGCAAAACACGUCUCCUAUCAGAAACUCCCCUGACGACUCCAACGAGGGCCGCAAGAUUAAGCUCGAACCAGAGUAUCAUCAGAACAAUGAUAUUAACGAAAUUCCUCGUUCCAAGCCGCAGCGCACAGAGGCAAUCGUGCUCUCACCUCGCACCACACGCCGCAACAUGCUAGCGAAUGAGCUCACCGAGUCUGUUCGCCGCCAGCUGCUCUGGGAGAGGCAGCAGAAGACCUCGACAGCGAAUGCCGUGCUCAAGAGGCGACACACGUCGCACGACGUUGCCAACCUGAAGCAGUACCCCGAAAAGGUGCACAUGAACAAGGAGGCUGCUGAGCCCUCGAUGGACUGGAACCGGUAUUUCAACCGCGACACUCAGGGCGGCUACCACGCUCAGGGCUGGUAAUGGCCUGGAGGGCCCCUUGGAAGCGGGCCAACCACAACACCUCUGCUGUGUUCAAUCAGUAGUAUUCUUUUGUCGUGAUUUAUUUCCAUAGCAGAUUUAAUAUUAAGCACCGCAAAUGCGAUCUUCAGCUUCAGUUUGCAUCGAUCCCAUCUCAUUGAACACAGU